UUUUCCCGGUUUUCUGAUCCGGCUUUUGUUUUGGUCCCGGUUGGUAAAAUGAUCAUGAAUUUGUUGUCACUGGACUCAAGUCGACUUGAGUAAGUUCAGUGCGGCGAUAAAGCUUGUAGGGGCGCAAUGGGCCAAGCAAAUUUAUAUGUGACAGCUGAUAUACAGCUAAUCUAAGAUCAGCCAGUACAGUUUUGUUAUCAGUAACAAAUGUGACAAACUACAGGUGCCAGUAUAUUCUAUGCUUCAAUAUGGCCAGGUGCAGUGCGUUUACGCUUGUGCUUCUUGUCUUAUUGCACUUAUACGACAGGAGCACUUCAGCGAACAGUCUUGAGGAUAUGGCAGGCAUAACCACUCAACUGCUAAAACUUGUGGAAAAGCUGCAAGUGAAAACCUCAACAAGAUUUAUACCGUUUGUAGAAAUGCAGAAAGACAAAGGAUUGUAUGGGAGUGAUGUCAAACUGAACUUUCAUGGACCCCCUGAUCUCGCCAUGGUCAGGCAAGACAUGAAACUUUUUGACAACAAUAUGUUUGUCACCUCGUGGGUGACCAUGUGUUUGUUAGAGGCUUUUAAAUAUGGCAGAACCCAUGCACCAUCUUCUCAACAGCUACAAAUGGCGCUCUCAGCUAUAAAUGAAUACAGAAAUAAAAACAUUCCCUAUACAAACUCUCUCAUGGUAUUUUGGCCGCAAGUGUAUAAUGACAGUGUGCAAACAUAUCAAAGUACUCCUCGAAACCUGAUCAGUAUGUACAAGCUGAUGGAACAUCUCCCGUUGGGUGGAUUAGAGAAACUGCUGAAAUGGCUUGGACUUGCAAAUCUGGAACAUAUCGUAGAAGACAUAAUGAACAUGGAAGGGGUUUUUCUUAACGCCUUCAGGAUACCCCCAGAUUUUGAUGACACAUUUGUAAACCUUGGUUUGGGAUCUCUUUUAACAGACCUUAAGUCCGUAUUUCCAAAUGAGCAAGCUCAAUGGUCACAUGAUAAUACCAACCUCUCCUCAAUCUUUGAUGCGCUAAAGCACUAUGCUUAUAGGCCAUUUUCCAAUGAGAGUAGAGUGAAUACCAUUGAUCCGAGAACAUAUUUCUAUCUGAGAAAAUUCUUGGAAAAAGCCAGCUCAUCUGGGCAGGAUGUCGCCCUUGUGCCAACUUGGAUACAAGAUAUAGAUGAGACACGAUACAUGUACGCACGUGGUGACGUCAUGCCAUUUAACAUCAACAACGUCGACGUAACUGUGUCAGCGAAUACAAUAUAUGGAAUUACAUCAGCAAUCUUGACUGGACUGCUUCAUCCCCAGAUCCUAGAUGACCAGGAUGUGCAGAAGAUAUAUCUGAACACAACUUCAAUGUUGAUCCAUGAGAUCAACACCAACAUGACAGACAGACGGGAUCUGGCACUCACAUACUAUCCGUCCUUAUUUGAGUUCUACUGGUUCGUAGCACGGACUGUAUGCUUGAUCAACACAAAGACACGCACAGGGCCACUGCCACAUGAGGUUACACCAAGUCUAUCUACAUACUUUGGGAUCAACCCUUUCAUGUUCUCGUUAGUGCUGCUGUACACUGUCGGAGCUCACCUGACUAGCUCCCUCCGUGGGGCCAUGACACAGGCCAUCUUGUUGGCAGGGAAGUCACAGGGAAACACCACCUAUUUUGAUGACUUUCUUGGAGACAGAGACAUGACAAAAGAUAACAAGACUCAAAUCAAUGGUGAGGACCGCAUAUUUACAACGGCAAUGGCAACCAAUGCUCUCAUCCAAACGUGGGCGGUUUUCGACGAGACACAGGGGAAGCUAUUCUGGAUAAAAGAAACACCGACAUCUGUUAGGGAGACUGUGGGGAAAUCUGUUCAAUGGCUGAUCAACAAUGUACUAACAGGACAGUACAAGCCUUGGAACGCCUUCUUCUCGGGGUCAUCGAAAGGUCACGAGAGCAUGCCCUUCUGGUAUCCUGUCAACCGGAUGGAGUACCUGAAUGGCACUAAGAUUCCAAAUGACCAACACUUCCCGUCUUCCCCCUGGAUAGCCGGCUUCAAGGGAGUAGUUUCAGAGGACAGGUACCUGGAAAUGUGUCGCCAAUACCAUUUUGGUCAGAAGACCCCAAUGACUUUUUCCGGCUAUAAUGUUGGAAGUGGGUACUUCCCCUUCUGGACGUCGGAUGCAUAUACCUAUGCGUCGACUACGCUGGCCAUCUCCCAAUACAGCAACAUACAUGUGGAAUAAGUUUCAUCCAGAAAUAUCCAUGUACUUCCCUCUUAAUGUAUUAUGGACAAGUGAAGUGUUGUUAUUUAUAAAAUGUUUCAAUAAAAACAACUUUCCAAACAC